AUGGCGAAGUCCAAUUAUGAGUUCCCUCAGCCCGAGUUUGAACCCAAAACAGCGAUAACUGCCAGGAGAGCCUCUGGAUGUGGCACUUUCAAUAGUGUAGUCUCUGGCGAUAUCGAAAAUUUGGAGCAGCUGGGCUAUGAGCCAUCGAAUUUGCACCGAAACCGUUCUACACAUACCCUCCUCUUCCAGGCAUUCGCCAUCUGUUCCAUCCCCUACGGUCUAGGCGGCCCCCUUAUCAAUGCCAUUUAUGGCGGCGGCCCGUUGUCUCUUUUUGUCGGCUGGAUAGUCGUUGCGAUUUUUGGUCAAUGUGUUGCACUAUCUGUGGCCGAACUCGCCUCGCGCUAUCCAACCUCUGCUGGUCCAUACUACUGGUCGUUUCAAAUCGCCUCCAAGGGCAAGACUGCCCUUUCAUUCGUGACUGGAUGGACUUGGCUGAUUGCCAACUGGACUAUUACGCUCUCAGUCAACUUCGGCUUUGCCUCUCUCCUUGCCGGAACAAUAACGAUGAUGGAGCCGACUUGGGUAGCCACGUCAUGGCAGCUUCUGCUUAUUUUUUAUAGUCUGUUGCUAUUUACUGCACUUGUUGUCAUAUUCGCAAACCGAUGGCUUGCGAUGGUUGACACUUGUUGUGCAGCGUUUAUCGGGAUCACCAUCGUCGUCACGUUGGUUGCACUCUCAGUUCAGGCAAAAGCAGGCCGACACAGCAUUGACUAUGCCCUAGGCCACUACGAAGAGACUUUUUCAGGUUGGGGACAUUUCACGUUCUUCAUUGGCUUAUUGCCAUCGGCCUAUGUUUUCUGCGCCGUUGGUAUGAUUUCGGCCAUGGCGGAAGAAUGCAAAGAUCCAUCAGUACGGGUACCCAGAGCCAUUGGACUUACUGUCCCUAUACAAGGAGUGGCCGGGCUUUUCUUCAUCUUGCCUAUUUGUUUCACCAUGGCUCCACUUGACGAGAUCAUCGCCUCCCCAUACGGCCAGGCUUUACCAGUUGUUUUCCUGUCCGCCAUGGGAACCAAGGCCGGCGGCCUCGGUCUUAUGGUUCUGGUUCUCAUCGUCACGAUUGGAUGCAGUAUUAGCAUAACCGUGGCUGCAUCGCGAUGCACAUGGGCGUUUGCUCGAGACAACGCCAUUCCUGGCUCUCGCUUCUGGUCUCAAGUAGAUGCAAAGCUUGGAGUCCCUAUCAACGCUGUCAUCCUGGUCACAGUAAUAGAAAUGCUCCUUGGCAUCAUCAAUAUUGGAAGCACCUCCGCAUUCACAGCAUUUGUUUCUGUCGGUGUCAUAGCUCUGGAGGUUAGUUAUCUUAUCCCCAUAGUCAUCAGUAUGGUGCAUGGACGCAGGGAAGUAAAUCGGGCACGCUACAACUGCGGACCUAAGGUUGGAAUGGUGAUAAACUGCUUCGCUGUUGCUUGGGUUUCUUUUCAAGCGGUGUUAUUUAGCAUGCCCACAGCUUUACCGGUCACAACAGUUUCUAUGAACUAUGCGAGUUUAGUAUUUGUUGGAUUCGCUGUUUUAUCUGCGAUAUGGUACAGAGUCCAUGCCCGUAAAGGUAUGUUUAUCCACAUUUGA